CACAUGCGAAGCAGAAGUAAAGCCAGAUUUAAUACGACGCUAUGGACUCAUCAGAGUUAAUCAAGAACAUAGUUCCUGAGCUUCCUUCGUGCAAAAAUGCCAGAAGCCUAACAGUCAGCACAACAUCUACAAUGAAUCACUGUGGAAAACGUGCUCAUAACUUUGAGACACUGAGGUUGGAUAGACCAACAUGUCUUUCAGUGAAAAGCUCCAAUUCAAUAUUGGAGCCCAUUGCAUUUAAAAAAACAAACAUUUCCCCCACACACAGGUCACCUAAACGUCCCAGAAUCAUUUCCCUGGAGGCUGAAUGUGAUUCCGUCAGAAGUGAAUCAUCGCUGUUUGAACUUGUAACUUGUACAACAACAACAGACCUGUCCAUCUACUCGGGGAAUCAUUCUAUUGGCUUCAACAGUCCAUCCCUUCUCUGGGAUACAGAAAUAGAGCUGCAACAUGUGCACAAACGCAGGCUAAAGGAAAAGUUCCAGUGCAUUUACAAUGAUGUGUCCGGACAAGCCCAACCGAAGAUGCUGAAUGAUAUUUACACUGAGCUCUACAUCACUGAGAGUGAUAACGGCAACGUCAAUAAGGAGCACGAGGUCAGACAGAUUGAAAUAAUAUCCAGGACACAAACUGCAAUUGAAACACCAAUCAAGUGCAACGACAUCUUCAAUUCGUUUCACACACACAGCAGAUCCGUUCGGAGUGUGCUGACUAAGGGCGUCGCCGGCAUUGGAAAGACGGUAUCUGUCCAGAAAUUUGUUCUAGACUGGGCCGAAGGAAGAGCGAACCAAGACAUAGAGUUUGUUUAUCCACUUGCUUUCAGAGAACUCAACCUGAUGAAAGGGAAGCCCUUCAGCUUGGUUGAGCUGCUGCACCAUUUCAAAAUGAAGACCCCUCAAGAAAGAACAUUUAAAAACUGCAAAGUUCUCUUUGUCUUUGAUGGACUGGACGAAUGUCGCUUUCCUCUAGACUUUCAGAACAAUAGGAAGGUGUUUGACCCAACAGAGGAAGUGUCUCUAGAUGUUCUCCUUACAAACCUCAUCAGUGGGAUCCUUCUUCCAGCUGCUUUUAUCUGGAUAACAUCUCGUCCAGCAGCAGCCAAUCUGAUUCCUUCUCAACUCAUUGACCUGGUGACUGAGGUAAGAGGAUUCAAUGACCUCCAGAAGAUCGAGUACCUCGAAAAGAGAAUAAGCGACCAGAGUCUAGCUUGCAAAAUCAUCACCCACAUCAAGUCUUCGAGAAGCCUCUUCAUCAUGUGUCACAUUCCUGUCUUCUGCUGGCUUUCAGCCACCGUCCUGGAGCGAAUGUUUGGAGACUCAGAUGGAGGAGAAAUUCCCAGGACACUGACUCAGAUGUAUACACAUUUCCUCCUGAUCCAAACCAAAGCUAAAAAUGUCAGAUACUCUGAGAGGAACGAGGCCAAAGAUGAAGACAUGAUUCUGAAAUUAGGCAAACUCGCUUUCCAACAGCUGGAAAAGGGAAAUCUGAUAUUCUACGAGGAUGAUCUAAGAGCUUGUGGCAUUGACGUGAAGGAGGCCGUGGUAUACUCAGGAGUGUGCUCUCAGAUUUUUAGGGAGGACUGUGCACUGACCCAGAGUAAAGUCUACUGCUUUGUGCACUUGAGCAUCCAAGAGUUUCUUGCAGCUAUUUACAUGUUUGCCAUGUGUAAAAUACAUAACUGGAGCGCUCUUGAUCAGAAAAGCUUCAGCACAUCAGAUUCCACCCAGGAUGCUCUACAUGAGCUACACAAGAGCACAAUAGAUAGAGCCCUACAAAGUGAAAAUGGCCACCUUGACCUCUUCCUACGUUUUCUUUUGGGCCUUUCUCUGGAGUCCAACCAGACCCUCCUCCAAAGCUUGCUGAAGGACAAGGAACAUAGCGUUCAAAGCUUUCAAAGCACAGAGGCCACAGUGGAUUACAUCAAGAAGAAGAUCGAGGAGAACUCCUCCACUGAGAAGUCCAUUAAUCUGUUCUACUGUCUGAAUGAGCUCAAUGAGCUCUCGUUAGUGAGGGAUAUCCAGCACUACCUGAGCUCUGAGGGUUUCUCCAAACUCUCCUUGGCACAGUGGUCAGCCCUGGUGUUCAUGCUGAUGACAUCAGAAGAAAAACUGGACGUGUUUGAUCUCAAGAAAUACGCCAAAUCAGACGAAGGCCUCCUAAGACUGAUGUUAGUGGUCAAAGCUUCGGAAAUUGCUUUGCUGGAAAACUGUGGCCUGACCGAAAGAUGUUGUAAAGCUCUUGGAUCUGCAGUCAGCUCUGCCUCCUCAAGCCUGCGGGAGCUGGAUUUGAGCAGCAAUUCCAUAGGAGACACAGGAUUGAGGCUUUUUACAGAAGGGCUGGGAGAAUCAGAAUGUAAAUUGGAGAAACUCAGAUUUUCCUACUGCAGAAUCACUAUGCAGGGCUGCUCAAUUCUGGCCUCACGUCUCAUUCCAAAACUUCCACAUCUAAAAGAACUGGACCUGAGUGAGAACAGCCUGAGACAGGCAGGAAUCCAGAUAUUAGCUACACUGUUGGGGAAUCCAGAGUGCAAACUGGAGAUAUUGAAAUUGAAGGACUGCAGAGUUACUCCGAAUGGAGUUUUUGCACUUGCCUCAGCUCUGAGGUCCAACCCCUCACACCUGAGAGAGCUGGACCUGCACUGGAAUAACCCAGGAGAUGAGGGGGUAGAGCAGCUGGUUGCUGUUAUGGAAGAUCCUGUCUGUAAGCUUGAAGUUUUAUGGUUAACUUAUGGUUUACUGACUAAGAAGUGCUGUGAGUCGCUUGCUUUGGCCUUCAGGCGGUGCUCCAGUUCUCUGAAAGCUGUGGAUCUGAGUGGGAACUCGAUACUGGAUGAAGGAGUGGAGCUGCUAUCUGAUGGGCUGGAAAGUCCAAACUGUAAACUAGAGAUACUGAGGCUGGCAUUUUGUGGAAUCACAGAAAAAGGAGUGUCUGUUUUGGCUUCUGCACUUUUUGCACACCCUACAACCCUGAGAGAACUGGACCUGAGUCAGAAUCCCAUAGGAGAUUCUGGACUGAAAGCAGUCUCCCAGGUGGUGGAAAAUGUAAAAUGCAGGAUUCAAACAUUGAGGCUUACAGAAAGUGGGAUUACAGAGGAAGGCUGUGCUGCUCUGGCAUCAGCUCUGACUUUAAAUCCCAUCCAUCUGAGAGAGCUGAAUCUGGGUAACAAUAACCUUACAGAUGCAGGAAUAAAGACUCUUUCUGCUGUGCUUAAAGACAGGAAGAGUGGGAUUUUGAAACUGGAGCUGGACCAAUGUGACUUAACUAAAGACUGCUGUGAUGUGCUCAGCUCUGCUCUCUGCAGAAAAGCUUCAGGACUAAAGGAACUGAACCUGGGAGGCAAUAAUCUACAGGAUGCAGGGGUGAAGGCUCUAUGUGUCGGACUAGAGAACCAACACUGUAAACUGGAGAUUCUGAGACUGUUUAACUGUGGGGUCACAGUGGAAGGCUGCACAAUGUUAGCAUCAGCCCUACGUAGCAAACACACAGUCCUGAGAGAACUGGACCUAAGAGAUAACAACCUAAAGGACACAGACAUACGGCAGCUGUCUGCUAUACUGGAAAAUCCAGACUCCAAACUGGAAAAGAUUAACUUAUACUAAAUGAUCACUCAAUCACACUCAAAACGUGACAGCGCAUCAGACCUGAAAGAAUGGGAUCCAUGAAAAUGGGACCCAAGGAGAUGUUCUUAUUUAUUGUGUAUUUAUUAUAUUUAUGUUUAGGGCCAAUAUCAUAGUAUCUAUGUAGCCCACACAUACUGUAUACAGUGUUUCAAUAAUCCUACAGAGUAGGUUUACAGUUAAAUUGGAGAAAACUUUAGGCCUAUUGUGGUUAAUGCCAGUUUUUUGUUCUGCUUAGGUGUUAUAGUUUAAAGCAUUAAUGAGAACAGGAGAGAACAGGAACAUUGAAUACAUUUGGCAAAUGUAAAUGAAAUGGCAAAUGUCAUAAAUUUGUGUAUUUAAUAAAUACAUUACCUAGUUUUAUAAAGAAACAAAAUAGCA